CCAAUGCAUUGCGCUGUUCUCUGGAUCGCAAGGUUUUCUGGACCGACAGUUCCGUGGCGUUGGGCUGGAUACGCAACAGACCAAAACUAUUUAAGGCUUUUGUAUCGAAUCGUGUUAAUGAUAUACAUGAAUUAACUACCAGAGAUUCCUGGCGGCAUGUGCCAACCGCCUUAAAUCCUGCGGACUUGGCCUCGCGAGGAGUCGAACCUGGCCAAUUGCCAGAACUGAAUUUAUGGUGGCAUGGCCCAUCCUUUUUAUUACAUGAUGAGAGUAGCUGGCCACAGAAUAUAGGUUCUAUAUAUACCAAUUUACCUGAAAGGAAAGAGCAGAGCGAUAACUCAAUAUUUGCCAUGAUUAAUAUUGAGCAAUCGCCCUUGAUAAGAUUUGAAAACUAUUCCAAGGCAAAUAAAUUAAAACGAAUUGUAGCAUACAUCUUUCGCUUUAUUCACAACUGUAAAAACCCUAAAACUAAAACAAAAGGAACCUUAACAUUAGAAGAAAUAAACAACGCAUUAACCUACUUAGUAAAACUAUCACAAAAUCAAACUUAUGCUACAGAAUUAACUACACUUUUACAGGGAAAGAAGCUUAAAACUAAAUCAUAUCUGUUGCAGUUAGCUGCAUUUGUUGACGGUGACAGCGUAAUUAGAGUAGGUGGUCGCUUACAAAAUGCCGAUUGCGAUUACGAAAAAAGGCACCCGAUCCUAUUGGAUGGUAAGCAUCACUUCACACGGCUCUUGAUGGAAGGCGAACACCUACGUCUACUACAUGCUGGCCCUCAGUUGCUCCUUAGCUCCAUACGCGACGAAUUCUGGCCAGUAGGCGGUCGGGCGUUAGCGCGUAGCGUUGUUCAUAAAUGCGUAACAUGCGUACGACUUCGAGGUGAAGCUAUGAAGCCACUGAUGGGCAAUCUACCUGCAGAUAGGGUUACUUCGUUUUACCCCUUCCAGGUAUGCGGCCUUGAUUUUGCGGGACCCUUCAUGAUUUCCAGCAAAAAGGGAAAGGGUAACCGCAUAACAAAAUGCUAUUUAAACAUUUUUGUCUGCUUUGCAACUAAGGCCGUCCACCUGGAAGCAGUCAGCGAUCUUAGCACUAAUGCCUUCAUCCUAAGCUUACGUCGUUUUGUGGCUCGUAGAUGUAGACCGCAUACAAUUUAUUGCGACAAUGGCACUAACUUUGUUGGGGCAAAUAACGAAUUGGGUAGAAUGCUAAGAUCCGCUCAAAAUUCAGUUUAUGAGUUUGGCAAUGAGGAACACAUUAAAUUCAUUUUUUCUCCUCCCUACUCUCCUACUUUCGGUGGAAUUUGGGAAGCAGCUGUUAAAUCGGCCAAGUUCCACCUAAAGCGAAUUAUGGGUAACGCUAGUCUGACGUUUGAGGAGCUGAGCACGUUAUUUUCUCAAAUUGAGUCGAUCCUGAACAGCAGACCCCUCACUCCUUUCUCGUCAGACCCUACUGAUCUUUACCCUCUGACUCCAGGGCACUUUCUGGUGGGGAGACCCAUGACUUCACUGCCGUCACCCCCCGUUUGUCUUAAAAACCCUGAUAGGUACCAGAGGAUCGAGCAGCUGCGCCAGCAUUUCUGGCAAAGAUGGCGGAACGAAUACUUGGCCGAGUUGCAGCAACGUACCAAAUGGCGCCAGAGGCAGAAGGAGCUCAAGGUUGGAGACCUGGUGGUGUUCAAGGAGGAGAACACCCCACCACUCAAAUGGAGACUCGGGAGAGUCCUACACCUUUAUCCAGGAGCUGACGGAGUCUGCAGGGUUGCAGAUUUCACCACGCAGAAGGGCGUGGUCAGAAGAGCACUCAACCGAGUGUGCCCCCUCCCCUGCAUGAACGAUCUUGAAAGCAGCAGCUUUCAAGGGGGGCAGGUUGUUAACGCACCAGCGGUCAAACCAGUCCCCGAGGGGUGAGGGCCAAGGGGCAUGAUGACGUCACGACCGCGGCGAGCACUCACCGCGCAUACCACACACGGCUCU